GGCUAGGUUAGGAUGCCUUGAAUGCUUGGAAAUCCUGUUAGUAAAGGAAAAGCUUUGGGGAAUUGUCGGAGCUAUCCCAGGGGAGGGCAGUGAAGGUCUUUAACUGGGUAGUGGGAGUGAGAAGGCAAACCUGAUGUUAGAGGAGAAAAGACCGUGGAUGGUAAUCUUUGCGGUUCCUGAUUUUCACCUGUUGCUGAGCUGUCUGUGCAAAGUCUCACUUACUCCUUUUCACCUGAGUGCAAAAUAUAUUCUCUCUCUCCCUCUGCCUCCCCCUCUCUUAUUCGUAUAGCAUAGCACUCAGCACGGUCCUGUGCUAUGAGAGACUAAUGGCAUUGUUCGAAGCCGAGAUCCUAUUUUGCAAAAUGUGAUAGUCAAAUCAUCCCCUAACAGCCUUAGUUUUCUGGGUAGUUACUGCCUUUGCUAGGCAUGUGCAUGCCUUCUGCAAGCCUGUACGGGACUGAUGUAGCUGCUCAGAGAUGCAUGUCAAAGCAGGCAUGUUGCCUCCUUUUUUCCUCUCUUGGGUUAAUCAAGAUGGUACAUGCUGAAGCCUUUUCUCGUCCCUUGAGUCGGAAUGAAGUUGUCGGCUUAAUUUUCCGUUUGACGAUAUUUGGUGCAGUGACAUACUUCACAAUCAAAUGGAUGGUAGAUGCAAUCGAUCCCACCAGAAAGCAGAAAGUGGAAGCUCAGAAACAGGCAGAAAAAUUAAUGAAACAGAUUGGUGUGAAAAAUGUGAAGCUUUCAGAAUAUGAAAUGAGUAUUGCAGCUCAUCUCGUAGACCCUCUUAACAUGCACGUUACUUGGAGUGAUAUAGCAGGUCUGGAUGAUGUCAUUACGGAUCUGAAAGACACAGUCAUCUUACCCAUCAAAAAGAAGCAUUUGUUUGAAAAUUCCAGGCUUCUGCAGCCUCCAAAGGGAGUUCUUCUGUAUGGGCCUCCAGGCUGUGGCAAAACAUUGAUUGCCAAGGCCACAGCCAAAGAAGCAGGCUGUCGAUUUAUUAACCUUCAGCCUUCAACGCUGACGGAUAAGUGGUACGGAGAGUCUCAGAAACUGGCUGCUGCGGUCUUCUCCCUUGCCAUAAAGCUACAGCCUUCCAUCAUUUUCAUAGAUGAAAUAGACUCCUUUCUGCGAAACCGUUCAAGUUCUGACCAUGAAGCUACCGCCAUGAUGAAAGCUCAGUUUAUGAGUCUGUGGGACGGAUUGGAUACUGACCACAGCUGUCAGGUCAUAGUUAUGGGGGCCACCAACCGUCCUCAGGACCUUGACUCGGCCAUAAUGAGAAGAAUGCCUACAAGGUUUCAUAUCAACCAGCCUGCUCUAAAACAAAGAGAAGCAAUCCUGAGACUCAUCUUGAAAAAUGAAAACGUGGACAGGCACGUGGACCUGCUGGAAGUCGCCCAGGAGACGGACGGUUUCUCAGGCAGUGACCUGAAGGAGAUGUGCAGGGACGCCGCCCUCCUGUGUGUCCGGGAGUAUGUUAACUCUACAUCGGAAGAAAGCCGCGAUGAAGAUGAAAUCCGGCCUGUGCAACAGCAGGACCUGCAUCGAGCGAUUGAGAAGAUGAAGAAAUCCAAGGACGCCGCAUUUCAGAAUGUUUUGACACAUGUUUGUUUAGAUUAAGAGUAAAGAUCAUUUGUACAGUUCAGUGUGAUCUAGUUUGGUGCACUCUUAUCAUCAGUGGAAAUAGAAUGAAAACAGGAAUGUCCUUCACGCCGUGAGAGAGUUAAAUGUUCACGACACUGGUUUUAUACUCUGACUCCUAAGUUAUUGAGAUGUAGUUGUUCUAUAAGCAGUGUUACUACUCGUCAGAAAUCAUGAGGAGGAACAGUCUAAUCCAGCCUGAGUGCGGGCUCGCGUCUGACCUCUGUCUCCGGACGCUGCGGCCUCAGAGCAUCUAAGCUGGUCUUAAAGUAACGAUUUGUCGAGUCAUUCGUGGAAACAGGGAUGUGGGUAAGUGCUGGUUUCUCGAUACGUACGUGAGUGAGUGAGUGUGUGUGUGUGCGCGCGCGUGUGUAUUAAAUGUAUAUAUUCACACAUUUUAUAUUGAUAUUCUGUAGAUAUGUUUGAAUACGGAAACUUUUUUUUACCCCAACUACUGAAUCAAAAAGUACCAAAUAGUGUACAGCAGAACUAAGAUUUCUGGUCGUGUGUAAAGGUACAGUGAUUCAGCCAUUUCCAGCUGUCACCUGUGUCCGCUUUCGUUUUAAGUUGAGCAUUUCUCCGCAGUGGAAUAGUCGGAGUCCGCCACGUCUCUGCUUCAGAAGGGGCUCCACUAUUACGCUGGUCGAAAAAUCCAAUAAAAAUACUUGAUCAGUGAUCAGCAUUGAGUGGUUGUCAGGCAUUUGGAUGAUCGACACGGAUUUCAAGUCUUUCUGUAAGCACACUGAGCAGAGGCCUGUUUUCAAUUGAUCCACGUGAACGUGGUUGGAGGAGCCUUUCCAAAUGGCUUUGAAAAACUACAGUGCCAUGCAGUACACAUCUGUGACUUUUCCUUCAUUUGAUGGAACGUAGUUCUGUUGUAACCAUGGUUUUGUAAUGUUAUUUUAAAGUUAUGUUUUUUAAUUAUGGUCAAAUAUAAUUUGGUCAUCAGAAAUGAAAUGAUAGUUUAAAACAAGUAGCUGUUGCUAGCUGUGCUAAAAAUACUCAUUUUGUGACUUUGAUUUUUAAAGUUUUCUUAGCAUAUUAUAAAUUGUGCCCUAGUUAGUACAGAUACACACGUCAGAGUCCCAUAUUGUAUCCAUAGUCAUUCGAUGCUAUGUGCCCUCCAUAGGAAACAUUUUUUUUUUUGUCCAGAAUUUCACUAACCAGAAUUCUGUUAUAGGCCCUUAAACACACCGCAUGAGGAAAAUGGCACAAUAUGGUCUUGAGGUGCCUUCUGUGAACCAUCUGAAAGAUUAAAUUAUGCUCCAUAUAUUUUUGUUUUUAUUGUAUUUCUUUGAAACUCUUCAGUCUUCAUUCGUGAGUCAUUAGAGUAAUUUAUUUGAUAGUAGGUCUCUCACUUGAACCUGUUGGGGAGUUUAUUUGGUUAUGCGAGUAGCGGGUGGGUAGAGAUUGCAGAAAGCACUCUGGACGACAAAAAGCAAGUUUCAAAAACUGUGAAGAUGAUUAAAAAUUGACUGCAAAACACAAGAUAUCAAAAAUAAAAAGUUUCGUCUCCCAUUUUUAAUAACUAUA